GUGCCCUUUCUCAUGAGAAAGAAUAAAAGCUCUUUCUAUACCUGGCUCGGACUCUGAUUUCGAUCGAGAGGGAGUCAACAUCCCACACGGUUUGGGGGCUCGUCCGGGAUCCUCUCCAAGCGAGGAGAAGCCUCCCUUGGCCUGGACUGACUGGCAGGACGUCCCGCUGAAAUUUUCAGCGGCCCUCGGCCCGGCCUGGGAGCGGCUCUCCUCCGACGAGAAGCGACCCGAGGAGAGACCGAAACCGGGAGUAGAAACAGCUAGCGGGGACGGGACGGAAACCACUCGCGGGAACGAUUGGUCACAUGGCUCUUCCCGAGUGGUGGAAGGAAAACGGAGGAAUGGCUAUGCAAUUAUCGAUGGAGACAAAACGGCUGUGGUAGAACUGGUGAAUUUCCCAAUCCUUGGUCAGCUCAGACCUGCAAAUUAUAUGCACCAAGUCGGGCCCUGAAACUCCUGGAAGGCGGAGAAGGGAACAUCUACACUGAUUCCAAAAGAAGGGGAUUGUCGCUCAAACCCCUCUGCUGGGAUUUCCCGUACAUAAGUUCCAGGCUGGCGAUUGGAUCCUCAUUCGGGCGUGGAAGGAGAAGAAGCUGACGCUGACCUGGGAGGGCCCAUUCCAGGUACUGCUCACCACGGACACGACAGUGCGGACUAAAGAAAGAGGCUGGACUCAUACCAGAGUAAAGGGACCUGUCCGAAAACCAUUGGAGUGGACUGUUGCCUCCUAUGAUCCUGACCAAUUGAGGACCACCAUUCGGAGGAGACUUGGAGAGACUGAUGCCCACCCCCCCCCCUUAAAUGAGGAAGGACCGGUAACCCUGCCAUGACUCCUGAAGAUUACCUCUGGUGGGGGCAGUGGGUUCUGGAGGCUUGCUUCGGUUUGCCUUUCAUGGUUGGGGGAAUAUUUCUGGUGUGCCUGUAUAUUAGGAAUUGUAUUUCCAUUAGGCAGGACUAGGUGAUAGGAUUGUAAAAAGAAUCAAGUAGCAGAGGUGAGAGGACAGACACACAUCAUGAUCUCAUGGUGCAUGGUCCCUGUGCUAACCCUCGCUUUCCUUACCCACCUAUCCAUCCCUGUGCCUUUAGGAAAAAGGACCCCGCCCCAGCCAAAGGAGGAAAAUACGUUUACCCAGCUAGGGGAAACGAUAGCUAGCACCCUUAAUGUGACCAAUUGUUGGAUUUGCGGUGGUCCCCAGGAGUUAGAAAGUUGGCCUUGGGUCCCUAUACCCCUGGAGCCGGCCUGGAUCCUCAGUAACCAGUCAGAGGUGCGUAAUGGUUCUGAGUUUUGGACAUCCUCAGAGAAACAUCGAUGGCACCUGGCGGAGUUAGUUAAGGGCCAGUAUUGCCUGAAUCAGUCCGGAGGAGGGGAGUCGGUGGGAGAAAGUGACUGUGUCUGGACCUAUUCCUCCACAGAAAAGAAACAGGUUAACUGUACUCCUUACCAGAACUGGUGGAACGAUACUCACAUUAGGUGUCACAAUGGGAAUUGGAUGGGGUGUAAUGUCACCGGUACACGAUCAUUCUGUGCAACCAAGAUGUUGACUGGUAACUCGGCCGUAGGUUGUUCCCAGUUAACUGGGGCCCAGAGCGCACUGCCAGCGUGGUGUCUUAAGUAUAAUGAGACUGGAGUGAACUCCAAUAGCACACACGUGAUCUGGGAAUGGCAUAAUUCAACCUGGUCAGGACAUUUUCCUUCUUUCUGGAGUCCAUGGAAUCGGAGCUCCGACCCCCUUAUCAAGACUUGCGUGGAGAAUGCCUCCCUAGGUCUGUGGGAGUGCUGGUUUUUAGAGGAACAGCUCGGAGGACCCCUAGGGGGAGGACCUUUUGGGGAUUGGGAAGGCAUCUAUUACCCCGUGGCCAUAAACAGCACUGAACCCUUCACCAUAAAUUGGACUGUAAUAUCCCGGAACGCGCGGCCGGCACUAAGGGGCCAUUAUUGGAUCUGCGGCCUAACAGCAUAUACACACCUGCCCGCAAAUUGGUCGGGCAGCUGUUAUAUUGGCAUAAUUAGACCAAAGUUCUUCUUCCUGCCAGGCCAGGAGGGGAGUCACCUAGGAAUCGACCUCUAUGAUGAUUUGAGGGAUGAUGGAGGGAGAGAAAAGAGGUCUCCCGAUACUUCGCUAACAAGUACUGGGGACGCAAACAGGUGGGGAGACAAUUGGCCUCCGGAAAGAAUAAUAAGGACCUACGGUCCGGCCACGUGGGCUCAGGACGGGAGUUGGGGGUACCGAACUCCAAUUUAUAUGCUCAACCGGCUAAUUAGACUCCAGGCGGUCUUAGAAAUUAUUACUAAUCAAACGGCGAGAGCCCUUGGUCUGUUAGCAGAACAAGCCACUCAAACCAGGGAGGCUGUCUUACAGCAUCGGCUGGUUUUAGACUAUUUAUUAGCGGCUGAAGGGGGUGUGUGUGGAAAGUUAAACCUGUCAAACUGUUGUCUAAAAAUUGAUGACAAUGGGAGGGUAGUCAUGGAAAUAGCUCAGGAAAUAAGGAAACUAGCCCAUGUUCCUGUGCAAACCUGGAAGACUCCUUUUGGUACCUCAUGUAUGUCUUGGCUUGGAGGCGCCUGGUGGAGACAAAUUUUAUGGUUCUUGCUUCUUGCUAUAAGUGGAAUAAUACUCCUUCCUAUCUGUCUGCCCUGUAUGAUGCAAUUAAUCACUAGGAUCGUACAGAGUUCAAUCCAGAAGAUGUUGCAAGUAUCAGGGAGUGGAGAAGUUAAAAUUAUGAUCAUGAGAGCUCAAGGAUGGAUCCCUUUAAAUACUAUGGAUCCAUCUGAUUCUGAUGAGCAUCCUCCGGAAGAAAUGAUCGAGGAGGUGUAUCAGCAAUGGUGUGAGGAAACUUCAGGGAGGAUAAAAGAAAGGGGGAUUGUGAGGGAUGGAACCCAGUGAAGUUCCCUCAUGAGACCCCAGGAGGGAAGGCAGAAGCUAUCUCCCCAGGCCAGGUUUAGGUAACACCCAGAGCAGAACUGACUUGUGCUAUGGCUAUGGACCAGAGGGAGAUAAAAGGAAAUGAAACGGCCACAUUACAGAACUUGCUUACUGAAGGUAGAGCCAGUCGGGUCGGGGGCCAAACGCGUGACCCCUUUUUGAGAGAAAAGCAGGUUGAUGCAGCUUAAACCGCAAGGCCACUGCCAGCCUCUCCCCCACUCCACUUCACUUCCUUGUACACGAGCACGCAUUGGGUGCUAGCUGCCGUGAUUAGAUUGUACGCCCCAAGUACCCAACCAAUGGAGAAAGGGGUUAGUCGGUGGGAGGGGUAUGCGUUAGGGGUAUGCGUGAGGGCUAUAAAAAUCGGCUUCACCCAAUCAACGGGCCCACUCCCCGACUGACGCUGCUUAAGCGAUGGGGGUGGUGCCCUUUCUCAAGAGAAAGAAUAAAAGCUCUUUCUGCACUUG